GAAUUUGACUAGUCUUUAUUCAUCUUAAUAUAUCAUUUGAAAAGUCUUGGUGUCAUAGAAUUCCAUGGAGUAAUUGACAAAAGAUCUGGAACUGAUUAGUCAAGACUGAGGUUUAAAAUAUUGGAUCUCUUCCAGUGGAAGGACUUGUUCCCUCCAUCUCUGUACAUAGAGGUGGAUGGUCAGUUAGCUAAAAGAUUGUGCCCCAGAGAAGAAUUAACUUUGGUUUUUAUUUUAUUUUUCUGAUCCAUGGCUUUCUCCUCUUAUUCCGCAAGUGAAAAACCUUUCAGGGUUACAAUGUUGUUGCUCCUUGGGUUGUUGAUGUCACAUAUAGGAGCAUCAGGCGCCGUUGGCGUAUGCUAUGGAAGAAAUGGUGACAAUUUGCCAUCACAAGCUGACGUUGUGAGCCUCUACAAAGCAAAUAACAUUGGGCAGAUGCGAAUUUACGAUCCGGAUCAAGCAACUCUCCAGGCCCUGAAGGGAUCCAACAUUCAACUCAUCCUCGACGUCCCGAAAGACAAACUCCUGGAACUCACAGAUUCUGCAAAAGCGGGAGAUUGGGUCCAACAAAACGUCCUGGCCUACUCUGCUGAUGUCAAAUUCCGAUACAUUGCAGUCGGAAACGAAAUCCACCCUGCUGAUGCAGAAGCUAAAUCUGUUCUUCCUGCAAUGCAGAACGUUCACAAUGCAAUAGCUGCAGCAAAUUUACAAGGCCAGAUCAAGGUUUCAACCUCAAUCGACACUAGCUUGGUAGUCAAUCCCUAUCCUCCGUCCGCGGGAACUUUCAGUCCUGAAGCGAGCUCCUACAUCACCCCCAUAAUUCAAUUCCUGGCACAAAAUGGAGCUCCACUCCUUGUCAAUGUGUACCCUUAUUUUGCCUACAUCGAUCCCUCCGCGCAAAUCAGCCUGCCUUACGCGUUGUUUACUGCUCCAGAAGUUGUAGUAACAGAUAAUCAAUAUCAAUACAAGAACCUGUUCGAUGCGAUAACAGAUGCUCACUAUGCCGCUUUGGAAAAGGCUGGUGCCCCCAAUUUGGAGAUUGUUAUAUCAGAAAGUGGGUGGCCAUCAGAAGGAAAUCCUGCAGCCACUGUGGAAAAUGCAGGAACUUACUACAGGAAUUUGAUUGGUCAUGUGAAUGGAAACACAGGGACUCCCAGGAAGCCUGGAAAGGCUAUUGAAACAUAUUUGUUUGCCAUGUUUGAUGAGAACCUGAAAGCUGCAGGGACUGAGCAGCAUUUUGGUGUCUUCUCGCCAAGUAAAGAGCAGAAGUAUCAACUAACUUUUGCCUGAAAGAGUUGCUACAGGUUUCUGAUGGGCUUUAAGUUUAAAUAAGGGUGUCUUGUGCUCCCAUUUUAUAAUUUACUCAAGGCUUUUCAUUAUUUCUGAGCUCUAGGAAUGGGAGAGCCUGCUGCACUACUUAUUGAGAUCAAGAUCCAACAAGAUCAAUUACAACCGAAGAUCACACUGUUAGUGUAUGCCCUAGGAACCAAUCGUGUUGUCAGUUUCAGGACAUUAUAUCUUGAAAAUGUAUUAUGAAUAAA